AUGCAGAGCUUCGAGAACGGGGUGACCUGCAGCAAGGGCACCCUGCCGCAGCGCCGAGCCGUGCUGCACACCGCGCUGCGCGCGGAUCUGCAGAGCCCCACGGUGACGGUGGCGGAGGUGAGUCCGUGCCUCUACGAGGCCACGCUACAUGUGCCCUUGGACACCGUCCUGCAGCAGGGCACCUUGUGUGCGGAGAAUGUGCCCAUCGGCAUCAUGCUGGACCCCGAGAAGCCCCCGCAGACGCGGGCGUGCAUGCAGGAGAGCCGGGGCUCCACAGUCUGGGUGGUGGCGAAGCCCUACGGCCGGCGCUUGCGCCUCUGCGAGGCCGAGAUCUUCGCGGAGCCUCUGCCCACGGUGACCCAGGUGACGCUAGACUUUGGCGCCUCCGGGAACGAGUCGCUGGGUGCCGGCUGCGGGGCGAACAACCUCACCGUGGAGUUUUCAGAUGACAACGUCACCUGGCUCAAAGCCUGGGACGCCUUCGCAGUGGCCUCGGCCUACCAAACCAUGCAGACUGCGCGCUGGAGCUGGUGGCAGCGGCUCUUUGCGCUGCCCUUCCACACCAACUUCAGCCACGCCAGCGCCCGCAACGUCACCAUCCCCAGUCUGCGGGAGAACUCCACCUACGACGUGCUUUGCUGGGCCACCGAUGCCAUCGGCAACGAUAUCAUGCAGAGCAUGGUGCUGCUGCCGCUGCCUUGGGCUGAUACAAGCCCCUCGCCAAGUAAGUGUUGA